AUGCUCCGACUUCAACCUACGACGAUCAAGAUAGCCACACGCGACAUUAGCGACGCCGAGCGUCGAAGCUGCUACAGGAAGCACCUACUAAGUCACCAGAAGGCCAAUAAAAAACGCGAUGAUCUCAUCCAGUAUGAUCGAGAAGCUACGCUUGAAGAUGCCCUCAACACCAAGAUCGUAACACCAUCCACUAACUCUAGCAUUGUACAAGACACGCCAGGCUCAGAUGGUAGAAACGAGUCGGACGGUGAAGAGGAAAUAGGACCAUCAGGUCCUCUACUGGACUACGGUACCAUCAGUUCCGAGGAGACCACAUUCGUGGACGUUGAUCACGGCAUCAACCACCUGCAUCGACAAUCAGACCAACAUCGACUUCCUUUCCGCCCGCGGCAAAGCUUGGGUAAGCCAACAGACCAGCAAUGGCGACAUAUGAUAGAAACUGAGGCAGGUACUGAUAAGUUUGAAGGUGAUCAUGAGGAUGCGCAUACCGCGCCGGUCCACACGCAAACCCACGAUAAUGGUAUGGAUGGCUCCGUGGCGGAUGAGGACGAACGCGAGGCGAUAGAGCAACUUUUGGCAGCAACUGUGGACGGAUCAACGUAUGAAACGGAAGAAGUCAACGACGACCUGUCGCAGAGCUCGGGAGAACUUAUGGACCCCCCCGAAGAUGCUGGUGAGCUUUCAACCUUACCGGCUGACGAAGGGUUGGAGCCUACAACACCCCGAAGACAGUUUCCUGUGUACAGUGAUCGGCUGCCCGUUGAAGAACAACCCCAAACUCCAAGACAGCUCCCCGAAGCUCGCCAUCAGAGCAGGUUUGAUGGAGCUUACACGGCGCCAGUUCGAGGGCGAUGGGUGAGAGUCGAAAUUGACGAUGCACCGGUGACAGUAAGGAGAAGGCGUGCUGGACGCAAUACUAGCCCAGUAGGGUUGAGAACACCAGGGUUUCAGGGUUUGUACGGAGGCAGUGAGAACGCCGACGAUGUGUGA